CGCUGAAAAGAAGAUGAAAUCUUCGAACAUAUUUUUGUGAUAAUUUUUGUAGGAAUUUUUUGGUUAAACUACUGAAAUUUUUAUAACAAAUCAACAAGUACAUGUGUAAUUUCCACCGGCAAGUGUUAACUACUUGCCCAAGUUUACGAGGUACAGCAGCGAAACGUAAUUGAAAAACAGGCGGUGCAAGACGGUCCCAGAGUGCUGUGAGCUAAAAGAGAGUGGUGUGUUGCGUGCUGUGUGCCGACUUUGCAUGCGGCUGCUGCCAGAAGAAUCUCAAGCGCAGGCAGCUGUCAAACGGGAGCAGAAAAUUCUCGCAAAAAUUGUGGCUGAAAGAACGGCAUGCACCUGCGACAACCAACAGCACCAAAGUGUAUAAGAAUUGAAAGCUCCAAUUUGGAUUACGCGAUUUCCCGGUAGUUAGCUGCAUUGCAGCAGCGCCAUUUUCUGUUAACAUUUGCCAGCAUAAUAUUGUAUGUCUGAUUGGAAAUUAUACUCUCCGCGAUAACACCAUCAACUGUCCGUCAAAACUGCCGCCACAAUUGUCGCCAUCAUGGAUGUGUAUGAUGUUAGCGACGAUCUUGUCAAGAAGCUGAAUGAUUGGAAGCUAAUUGGCAUCAUAUCAGGCAAAUUUAAUGAACUGAAAGAGAAUUAUUCCAAAGUUAACUUUGUAGAACAUGUACUGAUCGACUUUAAGUACAUUGACAAAAUUUUAUUAAAUGGAAAAUUGCGCGAGGAAAAGUGCAAUAAGAAGAGCUCUGAUUUUCGAAUGUUAGGCAAUGAGCAGUUCUCGCUUAAAAACCGCAAAUAUUUUCAAGCUCUGGAGCUAUACAAUAAAAGCAUUUGCUAUUCGGAGCCUGGUUCAGAGAAUCUCUCCAUAGGAUACGCCAAUCGUUCAGCGGUGCUCUUCGAAUGGAAACGCUUUCGUGAAUGUCUGGUCAAUAUCGAAUUAGCACGCAAAGCUAGCUAUCCGGCGCGUCUAAUGCAUAAAUUGGAUAAACGCGAGAAGGACUGCCGCCAAUUGCUGGCCACACAACCACCCGAUGUGCAGCCAUUCGAUUUUCAAAUGUCCUUCGAACCACACCCACAAGUACCCAAUAUUGCUGAUUGUCUCGAAUUGCACUACACUGAGGAGGAGGGUCGCUUCAUCUCCACAAAACGUGAAUUGGUUGUCGGCGAUCUUAUUGCCACCGAAGAACCAUUUUGCUCGACACUCUUGCCACCGAUGCGUUACAUACGAUGUGCCACCUGUAAAGUGGAAAAUUACCUAUCGUUAAUACCCUGUGAGAGCUGUUGCUCUGUAAUGUUCUGUUCGGAAGAUUGUCGCGAUCGUGCCGUCGCAACUUUCCACAAAUAUGAAUGUCCUAUUAUUGACUUACUGCAUAAAAUGUUCAACAAAAUUCACGGCAUUGCGUUGCGUGUCUGCCUAUCGGCAAUCGAGCUCUUCCCCACCAUCGAAGAGUUGAUGGCUUUCUGCGAGGAACCGGAAAAUCAAAAUAAGUCUGCGUUCGACUUGGACUAUACGAAUUUUACGCCACGCGAGCACUAUCGUGCCAUACACGGUCUAGUGACGAAUCAGCAUUUGCGUUCCGUAUCAGAUCUGUUUCAACGUUCCGUCGUAUGCGCUGUACUGAAGCACUUUGUUAUCGAGCAUACCCCAUUGAAAGAGUUUCUCGGCGGUGAAGAGGGGGAGAAUUUCUUUACCGAAUUACUAUUCCGACAUCUGCAGACAUCACCAUCCAACAUGCACGGCAUUGAUUUGGUGGAGCAAGUGAACGAGACAAAAGACGAUACAACACAUUCGUCUGGCGCAUUCGCCUUUCUAUCGCUACUAAAUCAUUCGUGUGCGCCAAAUACACUGCGUGUAUACCAGGGCACAAAGGCAUAUCUGUUCGUCUUCCGUCCAAUACCUGCCGGCGGCAUGCUGUACGACACAUAUGGCGCACAUUUCGCCAUUUUCACAAAAGCGCAGCGCAUCGAAACACUAUCCAUGCAGUAUCGUUUCACCUGUAAAUGCGAAGCCUGCGAGAACGACUAUCCCAACUAUAGCAAACUACAACCAAAACUGUUCGUACCCUUUGUGAAUGACGAGACGGACAUGAAGAGUCUGGUCAAAUAUGAUUAUGAUUUUGCAUUGGAGAAUUAUCGUAAAUACUGUGAAUUCCUGACGCAACAUGCGAACGCCUAUCCCUGCGCCCAAAUUAGCUCGGCCGAAGAGUGCUUGAAAAUGGCGUUGCACAUACUCGUCGACGCGGUGCCGCUAAAAGCUAAAAUGUAAAAUGCUAAUUGCCACCAGAAACACACACACACACACGCGCACGCACCACGCGUAUGCUAACAUUGUUUCGCUGACGAUAAAAGUAAAAUUUUGUUUUUCUUUAAUUGAAUCAUACUUUUAAAACAUAACAUACACAACAUGCGCAUAAACCCAUACAUACACGAUGAAAUGUUGCCAUAAAUUAAGAGAUCGACGUGGCGAAAAGGAAUUUUCUUGCAAACAACUCACUCAAGUGUUGGCUUUAAUAGCAUAAUUUUUUCUAAACCUAACAACCAGGACGAAAGGAACACACACAAAAAUGAGGCGAAAACUGCGUAACACUAAGCUAUUUAUUUAAAAUUCAGAGUGCUGUUGUAUUUUAAGCUCAGACUGGUGCUGAAUUGAACGCCGCUCUGGCGUAGCCUCACGAAAAUACGCGCAUAGAAAUCAUAUCGAAUUGCAAAACAAAAGAAUAGUAACAAUUUUUCACUUUCAUACCUGUAAACAUAUGGCAUUUGUAUGUACGAGUAUGUGAAAAAUCAAAUCUUUAGUGUAUUUCAGACGAAAGUUUAUUUAUUUUUUGCGCCAGUUUGCAAUUUAACGCCAACAAAUAAAGCAAAUGUUUUAGCUAUUGUAUUUGGCGGCAUAUCGAAUGACUUUUUUGGCCUAAGCUUAAAAGCUUUAAAUGCUGCUGGAGAUUUUUUAUAGGCACAAAUGUAUUGAACAAACUUUUUGUGUAUAUUUUCUAAGCUCAUAAUUCAGAAAACCGUAAUGACUUUCAUUUCGCACAAGUAAAGACAAGAAGGCAUAUUUUCUUUCAUACGGACUAAUAAUUCAAGUUGAAACGGGCUUGAGUUUGCGAGGGACAAAUAAUAUGUUUGUAUAUUUUUUAUUGAGAAAAAGAACAAUAUUUACAAUGUGUUAACAAUUUGAGGAGAAACUUACAUUUACAUAUAAAGUAUUUCAAAAUUGUGUUUCAAUUUCAUAAUUACAUUAAGAAUUUGUAUGAUUAUCAAAAUCAUGUAAAAAAGUGGAAUUUGUGUUUGCAAUCAAUUUUGAAACAAGGCGAAUCUAUCGGUAAAUCAGCUGACUUGUUUUUUUUUUUCUUUCGCCGUGUCCAUGUGGCUGUCAGCCCAGAAUGAAACAAGGCGGAUGCAUUUUUUGUUCUCUAUUUUGCCAAUACUUUUCUUUGACAAUCAAACGUAGAAAAUAUUGUUGUUGCUCUAGUGCUACCACCUUUAAUGAAUGCGCCUAAAUUCCUUGCAAAAAGCGCGAAGAGUACUGGUAUUUCGUAUACAAAUAUUUCUUGCAUAGUUUUUAAAGCAAAAUUCUACUCAAUUGCUUGCAAGUUAGUUGAAAAUAAAUAUAUUUUCUAUCGAUUAUCCAACUCUUCAUGGAAGAGUUAACAGCUCUUAGCAGGUUAAAUGCUGAAAAUAAAAUUCUAAACUAAAACAAAAGGCAUCAAUGAAAAAUUGGAAAAUUACAAACGGACUGAGUUAACAUAAACAACUCGAUUUGUGAGUUUUUUUUUUAUUAAAGUACGACUGAAAAUACACACAAAAAGUUUCUUAAUAUAGUACUUUCUACUGAAUUGGUAUAAAAAGUGCGACCAGGUUAAUAUUAAAUUUACUUAAUAUUUAGAUUUUCUAUACAUUAAAAACAACUCAGUGAGAGCCUUCUUAUACAUUUUAUUUUCUUUAUUUUUCUCGCAUAUGUAAUUUCUUAUUUAUUCAGAAGCAUUUUAUUGUAUGUAAACGCAGUUAAAGAGAUAUUAAAAACAAAACAAAAAAACGAAACGAAUAAUAAGCAAACAAGAAAUCAACAACACUAACUUCACAAAGCAAACCCAAAUGAAACAAAAAAAAAUAAAAAUAAAAAUAAAAUUUAUUUUAAUAGAUGAAACUAACAGCGCAUAAAUGUCG